AUGAAAAGGGAGUUGAAGGAUGAUAUUAAGGACUUGAGGACAACAGUGCAGUCGUUUAGGGACCUAUUGAUUGGGAGGUUUGGUGGGAACUCUGAAAAUGGCAGAAAAGAGAAAAAUGAUGAUAAAGUCGAAGUUGUUAACUUAAGCUCGGAUAGCUCAUUUUCCUUGCCAACAAGGAGUAAACAUGAGAUGAAAAGCACAAUCAGCAGAAGAAAGGGGAAAGCGGUUAGAAAGUCUCCAAUUAGGUUGCGGAGUCCUAUUUGGACCCGGAAAGAUCCCAAGAGGACUAAUGCCAAAAUAAAGAUGAUCGGCCGCUUCAUCACUACAAAGUCCCUAUCAAAAAGGGAUCAUUGGUUGAUCAGCCAUGUUUUUUAUCCAUUCAAGGAUGAAAGUGAGGCGCUAGUUAGAUCUCCAUGGUUUCAUCUAACCCGUGGAGAGUUUAAGGUAUUAGUGCCGGAAAUACCAUUGUCUACCCAGGUUCGUUAA